AUCACCACGGAAGCUUACUCACUCACUCACUAGUCACUACCUCGCUGGGCCUGGGAGAUCGACGACGACGACUCGGGAGGAUUGAAGAUUGAUCAUCAGCUCGCUCGUCACUAGGAUCGUUCAAGCUGAAAUUAGGGCUAACGAUCGAAGGUGGACGACUGAGAGGAGAGGAGAGAUCAGGAAUGGACGGGCAGUUUGGUUGGGGAAGAGAGGAGGGAGGCUGGAGGAAAGGGCCAUGGACGGCGCAGGAGGACAAGCUGCUGGUCGAGUACGUCAGGCAGCAUGGAGAAGGGAGGUGGAAUUCUGUCGCCAAGUUAACUGGUCUGAAGCGAAGCGGCAAGAGCUGCCGGCUCCGGUGGGUGAACUACCUGAGGCCCGACCUGAAGCGAGGCAAGAUCACGCCGCAGGAGGAGAGCGUCAUACUCCAGCUCCACGCCCUGUGGGGGAACAGAUGGUCGACGAUCGCGCGCAGCCUGCCGGGGCGGACGGACAACGAGAUCAAGAACUACUGGCGGACGCACUUCAAGAAGGCCAAGCCGUCCAAGAACGUCGAGCGCGCCAGGGCGCGGUUCCUCAAGCAGCGACGCGAGAUGCAGAGCCAGCUGCUGCUGCUGCAGGGGCAAGAUCAGCAUCGGCAGGAGGAGGAACAGCCCGAUCAUGACGACGACGGCGCCAGUGAGGCAACGCCGGGUGUUCCACUGGAGGAGGAGGAGGAGCAGCAGCAGCAGCAGCAUGAGGACCUGCGGAUGAUGCUGCAGCAGGACAUGGACGACCUGCUGUUCCAGUUCUGCCCGAUGGCCUCCUGCACUUCCUCCUCCUGCCUCCUCCCCGGCGGCGGCAGCUGCGCCUCCGUCGUCAGCGCGUCGGCGAGCGAGGACGGCUCCAGCGGGGACCACCAGCUCGACGGCGCCGCCACGUGGGGGUGGGGCAGCCUGUGGAACCUCGACGACGUGGUGGAUGACGUCGACGGCGGCGCCUGGGAUAGCAGCUUCUCUUUCCUGCAGGAUCAAGGGCUCGCUUUCUACUAGCAGCUGUCUGGCCUACAACUUUAUUAUAAUAGCCCUGGUGCACACACUUAGAUGUUCUUUUCGAGUUCGACUGUUUGCUGCUGCGGCCUAGCUAGUAUGUGUGGAGGGUGAGAGCGAGAGACCACUCUGAUUGUUUACAUGUGCGUUUGGACAAGGAUGCAACACCAACCAUAGAGACCACUUCGAUCGAGUAGCCCGUCUUCGUGACUUGUUUAGCUCACCUUUAAGAACUUUUUCAUGGGGGUGAGAGAGUUUUUUUCUCUUUUUUGAAAAAAAGAGGUAUAAGAGGGGAAGAAAGAUCACGGUGUGUUGAAAGUGUAACUUAGCUCUCGCACUUCCAUUUUACACCCAAACUCAUCAAGUAUUUGUUGGGUGCA